AUGAAUCGUCUGUUUAGAAAUUUUCGAGAUUUUUCAAUAAAAGACUUGGGAUUAGCGUUUGCUCACGAUAAGAGGAUCUCAUUGAGUUGGGAAAAAUCGAUCCGAUUCUCCACGAAGAAAGUGGAAACCACGGAGGGAGAACUAGGUCAAAUCUGUGAUCUCUUAAGGGAACGUGGGAGCUGGGAUAGUCUCGAUGCAAGGCUCGGAUCAGUAGAACUAAGCAGUAAACUUGUUGAUAGCGUGCUGGUUCAUCUGAGAGAACCGAUUAAUGCAAAGAGAUCUCUGGGUUUCUUCCACUGGUGUUCUCGAAGGAAGAAGCACGAUCAUGGGGUCAGGUCCUACUGUCUGAUGAUUCAUAUCCUUGUCCAGGCAGGGUUGACUGUGGAUGCUAGGGCACUGCUGGAAUCUGUCAUACUGAAGAACUCCGGGUCCGAUGCCUCGUUAUCUGCAGUCGUGGAGACGCUCUUGUCGACAUAUGAAGUCGUUCUUUCUGGUCCCAGAGUCUUUGACCUUCUAGUCCAGACCUGUUCCAGGUUAAGACUUUUUGACCUCUCCCUCAGGGUUUGCAGCCAUCUAGGGGAACGUGGGUUCUUGCCGAGUCUCAUAUCGUUCAACACUCUGUUGCAUGUGGUGCAGAGAUCCGAUCAAAACGACCUGGUUUGGAAGAUUUAUGAGUACAUGGUUGUUAAUAGAAUAUAUCCAAAUCAGUUCACCGUUGAAAUAUUGGCAAAGUCAAUGUGCAAAGCGGGAACUCUGCUAAAAGUGGUAAAUAUCCUGGAUAGUAUCCAUAUCAAGAGAUGCUCUCCGACUGUGAUUGUCAACGCAGCACUGGUUCUGAGGAUCAUCGAGCAAAACAGGGUGGGAGAAGGGAUUCUGCUGGUGAAGAGGAUGUUGCAGAAGAACAUGAUUCUCGACGACGUUGCUUGCAGUCUGAUCAUCCACGCCCACUGCGAAUCCGGCAACUCGGAGCUUGCUUUUGACUCCUAUGAUGAUAUGCUCAAGAGAGGCCACUGCAUGAACGUCUAUGUCUGCGCAGCCCUGAUCGGGCUUCUUUGCCGAGAGGGGAAGACAGAGGAAGCAAACCUCCUGCUACAAGAGAUGCUGCAGGCAGGAUUGAACCUGUAUGAGGAGACGUAUAAUGUAUUGAUCGAAUGGUUCUCUAGAUCGGGCAGAUUACAGGAGGCUUUGGAGUUCUGCAACAGGAUGGUAGAUGAGGGAUCUCUGCCUAGCUGCAAAGCUGCCAACGAGCUGAUCAGCCGACUGUGCGAGGCCGGAAACGUGGAGAGAGCCGACGGCAUGUUGACUCUGCUGUUGGAGAAGGGAUUCGUGCCCGAAGAGUCGGUCUACUCCGAUCUCAUCAGUGGGUUCGGAAGAGCUGGGAGGUUUCAGGCGGUUCUGCGGCUGUAUCACGAGGUGGAAUGGAGGGGACUCUCUGUGACCGUGCUUCUCUAUACCUCGGUUAUCAGAAGCCUAUGUCUGUGUGGGAAGUCAACGGAGGCUGAGAAGAUCUUGGCCGUUAUGCGGGGGAAGUAUAUGCCUCCGACCAGGGAAAUCCAUGAGUUGACUUCCUGGGCAUCGGAUGGAAGUCAGCGUCAGCCGGUGCUGUGA